GACUCAACUAAUUAAGUGAUUCUAACAUCAAUUAUAAAACUUGAUUACAAAUCGUCAUUGUUGUAAUGGGAGGCCAAACCAAGGGCAAAAAGAAGAGCAAAGCCAGGAGGAAAGAUCCGCGCUCUAACGGAGGCUCUGGAUUGGCAGGUCUGUCACCUCAAGAUAGAAUGAAGCUGAAGAUGCAGGAGAAAGCCAAGAAAAAAACUGCUGAAAAAUAUACUGUCGAACAACUAUUGGAGAAGACAGAGGAAUGUAUGGACAGUUUGGAGUUUGAGAUGGCGGGGAGGUUCUGUCAGCGAGCACUAGAGGUGGAGCCUGACAACCUCCUUACCCUGGACCUGCUAGGACACAUCCACUCUGAACUGGGAGACACACAGAGGGCCAAGGAAGUGUUUCUGCAUGCAGUGCAGUUGAGUCCUGAAGAAGGUCAUAGUAAAUACAUGUCUCUAGGGCAGAUACACACAGGCCAAGAGGCUGUGCAGUACUACACCAAAGGAGUACAGAUACUACUGUGUAUGCUGGAGAAACACGCACAAGCCACAGCAGGAGCAGGAGCUGAGGCAGCAGCCUCCCCACUCCAGGACUCGGGGUCAGAGAUCCUGAUAGGCAGAGACGUGUGUGUGGCCUACUGUUCUGUGGCAGAGAUCUACUUCACUGACCUCUGUAUGGAGGAGAGGGCAGGAGAUCAGUGUCGAGAGGCCAUAGAGCGAGCGCUGACCUAUCAUCCUGACAACCCAGAGGCUCUACAGCUGAUGGCCAGCUACCUGUUCAGUACAGAGAAGAACCAGGAGGGGAAGGAGUACCUGAUGAGGAGUGUGGAUGCGUGGCUACCUGCCCUGAAACAGUGACGCUCCACCCAGCAGAGAGGACAUAGAGGAGGAACACACACAGAGUGACAUCCCACCAUAUGAAUCCCGCAUCACCACGGCCAAACUCCUCAUAGAGGCAGAAGAGUACGAGACAGCAGUAGAUGUGUUGGAGGGUCUACUAGAGGAAGAUGACGAGGUGGUACAGGU